AUGCUGUUGCAAAGGGAGUGGAAUAGAACUUGUGGCCCCUUGACAACUCUAAAGAAGUCCAAAUUUAACCAUCAUACUGUAAAAAAGAGAUCUUUAUUUAUGAUGCAUAAGAAACUUUCUAUGGUUAGGUUUCGGUAUAGAAUUAUAAAAUCCCCAGAACUUCGAGCAAGAGGCAAAACCUGCAAAUUGAGAAAAAUCAAGCCAAGGUGGGUGGAGGAAGUUACGAGGGACCAUCAAGAGACGCUCCAGUGGGAUUUUGAAAGUGGAUUGUGUAAUUGGUUUUCCUACUGGAAAUCUAAAAGUAACCGUCUUUGGAACCGGUACAGCUUAUCAGAUAUGAACAAUAAUACACCCAAAUCUUUAGGUGAGGAGAACAAAAUAUGUGCACUUGAGAUCUGCCGUACGCAGGAUGCAUUACCGUGUGCUGAGCCAUGUUCUGAGGAGCCAGAAUCUGGAGGGCAGGAUGGCAGUGUGGAUGUUGUCCCGCCAGAACUGCAUGCUAGAGCUUUGCCGGAGGCAGAGACCUUGCACCAGGUGGAGACCAAUGGGGCUCUGGCAGAGGAUCAUUGCUCUGACGUUUUCGUCUCUGAGACAGGAAGAGAAAUUGCUGUUUCAGGUCAAGAUGACGCAGAUAACGAGGUUGUGGGUGUAGAUGGAAUGAUGUUGUUGCAAUCCUCCUUGCAGGAUCCUGAUGUCAAUGAAAACUUUGGAAAUGGACCUUUAUCCAUGGAGCUGGCACAAAAUGAGAACAGCUCUAGCCAAAUGGAAGUAGAAGGCUCCUUAAACCUGGACAUUUUUAGUGCAAAGUUACUAGAUCACCCUUAUUGUAAAAGUCCUCUUGAGGAGCCUUCACCAGAAAGCACAGGACUAAAAUCAGAAACUCGGAAGGGAGGCAAAAGGAACAGUCAGAAAGCUUCCCGGGUGGCUGAUGAGCAGUUGGCAACGUGGCUUUGUGGAUUCCUAGAUGAAGUUAUGAAGAAAUAUGGCAGUUUAGUUCCACUCUGUGAAAAAGAUGUCAUGGGAAGAUUAAAAGAAGUCUUUAAUGAAGAUUUCUCCCAUAGAAAACCUUUUAUCACCAGGGAAAUCAUGAAGUAUCGGGAAAAACAUCCAAAAACCUCCACUUGCAAUUUCCGGGUCUUCUAUAAUAAGCACAUGCUAGAUAUGGAUGAUUUAGCUACACUGGAAGGCCAGAACUGGCUGAAUGACCAGAUAAUUAACAUGUAUGGUGAACUCAUAAUGGAUGCAGUUCCUGAAAAGGUUCAUUUCUUUAACAGCUUUUUUCAUAGACAGCUCGUAACCAAAGGAUAUAAUGGGGUAAAACGAUGGACUAAAAAGGUGGACUUAUUCAAAAAGACUCUGUUGUUAAUUCCUAUUCACCUGGAAGUCCACUGGUCCCUCAUUACUGUGAACAUCCCCAAUCGAAUUAUUUCAUUUUAUGAUUCCCAAGGCAUUCAUUUUAAGUUUUGUGUAGAGAACAUUCGAAAGUAUUUGCUGACUGAAGCAAAAGAGAAGAAUCGCCCCGAGUUUCUUCAGGGUUGGCAGACUGCUGUGACAAAGUGCAUUCCACAACAGAAAAAUGACAGUGACUGUGGGGUUUUUGUGCUCCAGUACUGCAAGUGCCUCGCCUUAGACCAGCCUUUUCAGUUCUCCCAGGAAGAUAUGCCCCGAGUGAGAAAAAGGAUAUACAAGGAGCUGUGUGAACGCCAGCUAAUAGACUAAUAAAAUGCAGCCAACCUAAUUUCUCUGGCAUUUCUGACAAGUUGCAGCUGGUGUUUGUGUACUUGAAUUUCUGAAAACUUCCGUGAAUUUUGAGCGAUUCUCAGCUGAGUGGUGUGGCCACUGUUGUUACCUCAAUUUUUUGACAAGCUCUUUAACUGGCAGAACAUAACAGAGCUGCCGUAAAAUAUUCCUUGUGUCAGUUUGGUUCUUUUAUGUUCUUUCCUGUAUUUAAUAUUUAUUAUCUCAGCAUGCAUAUAGGCAAAGCAUGCAACUAAAACCAUAAAACUGUAGAUUUGGUGCACCUUUGAGAUGUAGCUAGAAACGACAAAUACAGGUGAUUUUGUCUGGAAACAUAAAGAUGCAUGAUAUGUUUUCUGAUGCAAUAAUGCUUUGAAUGUAUCAAAAAAAAAAAAGUCAAUGCCAUAAAAAGAACAGCUAGAACCUAUUUGAUAGUUCCAUUGUCUCUGUUGUGGCUGUAUAAUACUGAAUUACCACUUUUUAGGGUGGCUAAACUCAUCUACAGAUUUAAUUUGUGGAGACCUCUUUUUUAAAUAGUUCAAGUUGCUAAUAAAGUUUGUUCUGUUAACAUUUAUCCUGCUGUCAUUAUCAGCCUGUCCCUGUAGAUAAAAAGCAGCCUUUGCACAAAUAAAGCUUCAGCACUUGUCUGUAUAAUAAAAAGUACAAAGGUGUUCAGUCAGUCAGAUUGAUAGCGUGUUCCUAUAUGCUGCAGAAGUCUCCGUGAUGUGUGUAUUAAGGAGAAUUAUAAAGCUGGCCCUGAAGAGUCACAGCUUAGAUACUAAGAUAAACUCCUUGGCUGUAACUGUUUAAAUCUCAGAUGGCUUUGACUCAUUUUUCGGUUCCACAAUAUGCAGUGAAAUGUACCAUUUCAGCAUCUCUCCCUUCAGCUCUGUCUUCAGAUGAACUCCCUUCAAGCUUGUCGUGUUUAACCUCCCAUUGGCUUUUGCCUUUGUUCAAAUAUAAAUUAAUUCAUUUCUGCUGCA